AUGCUAAAAAAGAACAGAGACGAAAAGCAAGGGAAGACAUCCUCAAAAAGGCAAGUCCUGAUGAAAUUUUAUGAUUCUUUUCAGAUUUCAGGUAACCUAAUCCAUCUCAUGCGGAAUUUUGUCAUGGUAAACUAAAGGUCGUUUUCACGUACAGUGGAACCGUCGAAAAAUGGUCAAAACAUGUAACUUUAAAAUUUCGUUUACAGCUUGAAGGGAACUUCAACUGCUUAACUGAAAGUCUUAAUUGAAUAUCCUUUACUUUGAAGGCCAAGGAGGAUUAUGAACGAGAGCAGAGAAAAAAGGAACGGCGGAAAGAAACUGGUGAAAGCUCGUGGAUGCUUCCUUCUCUUAGUAAGAGACUAGCAGAAGUCGAUGAUAAUGAAAAGGUAUUAAGGGACUUAUUCCCCAUUUUCUCAUAGUCCAUUGCAUCUUGUUUACCCCCCAAAAUUUUGUAUAACCAUUGAUUCCAAUUUCUCCUGGGUAUUACAGUCGUCCCAAGAGAAAUAGAUGACAAUGGUUACAGAGAUUCAAACCCUGUCAACUGAAAAAGGGAAGGUUUUAGGAGCGGCAUAGCCACUCCCACAAGCGCCAAAGGCGCAAGCCUCUAAUGGGGUCUGGGGGCAUGCUCCUCUCUGAAAAAUUUUAAGAUAUGUACCUCAAAGAUGCCAUUUUCUGCAUGGUGAGAUCCAAAAUUGUUGCAGGUUCAUGCUCGGAUGCCAAAAGGUAUAAAAAUGGCUGAGAAACAACAGAAAAUUGACAAAGAAUCAUGCUAAAAACACCUUUUGAACAAAGAAAACAUUAAUCCUUCUUUGGCUUGGAAAAGUUUCAAAACCUGGGACAAUAUUAAUUAACCCUUUCACUACCAAAGCGGCCAAAAGCGGCCAGCCGGAAAUGGCCAAUUUUUUCCUAGAGCGGCCAAAAGCGGCCACGAGAAAAGGGUGCAAAAAAUGCGCUGUAUACCCUAGGUAAGGCAGUCAUUGUCAAUACUUAAUGUUCCAUUGUUAUGGGCAGGCAUAAACCAAUCAAAUCACAAGAAGUGCACAUACAAAACUAUAGCAUGAGGCGAGUAGUGAAGCGCCGAAAUUUGGCUUUGCUACAAAGAUGUACGUGCGUAGGUUCACGCACGGGAUUUGUAUACUGGAUUUCUCUUAUGCCAUAAAACACACCAAAAGCCAGAUGGUUGAGCAUUUCCUUCUUUUGUCUAUUGCUUUUAAAAGAAUUUAGUUCGCUUGUUGUAACAUAAUUAUAGAUAUUCAGUAGAUUUGAACGUGCUUUAGGCUUGUAUUUUAUCUUUGUUUAUCAAUAUGGCUGCCGCCGAAUCAACGCGAUUUUUGGUUCUGACGAUGAUAGUAAGAAUAAUUCAAGUUUCAGUGAUGUGAAUGUUGAUGCAGACUUAUCUGACAUCGAAGUGCAAGAAUUUUCUAAGGAGGAAAGCGGCAAAAGUGAGCCUGAAGACAGUAAAAGCGCCAACAACUCAACCGCAAGUGAUGAACCCGAGAGUUUCAAUUUCGGAUGUUUACACUUCUCGCAUGGGCGGCGUGGAUUGUGCUGAUCAGCUUCGUUCUUUUUAUUUGUUUAGGGCAGCAAUGAAAAAAGUGGUAUAGAUACAUAUUUUGGUUUCUCUUUAAUGUAUUUGUUUGUAAUGCUUUUGUUCUUGAAUCAGAAUGCGUUGAAUCGAAGCGCAAAACACUUGAUUUCAAACUUGACCUCGCACACCAACGAUCGAUGGUUUAUUGCAAUGAAAGCGAAUGCAUAGAUGGAACAAGAUUCCUUUACUGAACCAUGCUGUACCCCCAAAUCAAUAUGUUUCAGCUCAUAUGGAGGGCAGAAAAAGGAAAUUUGUACAGUGCAUAAACAGGGCGAAAAACACCCAAGGGCUACAAAGUGGAAACAAGAUACGAAUAUAGCAUUUUGCAACGUGGCACUAUGACGAACAGGCUAUGACAAUGCCUUACACACACGGUCAUAAAACUUUCACCUUUGUGAACACAAAUCUGGCAUAUUUGUUAUAUUCUAACAAUUUCCCUUGUUUUGCUGUAAAAAUGUAAGCUACAUUGUGAUGGAUUACAAAUAAAUUCUCAUUCAAAGUUUGACAAUAGGCACUGCAAAUGGCGGCAAAUUUGAAUUUUUUCGUUACUUGCGAUUUUAUCUUAAAUAUCUCGUGAAUGCAGGGAUAGUUGUCUUUAUUAAUUGUUUAGACUUAUAGAAUGAAUUCUUGGCUUCAUGCCUGUGUAGUUGAUUGUGUGAAACAAGGCUCUGAAAUCUACUGAGCAUACUUGUUUUGAUUAAGUAUCACAGCCAUCUUAGAUCCUUGAUAAUUGUUCAGGAAGAUGGGGGGUUUGGGGCCAUUAGCCUGUAGUAGUGAAAGGGUUAAGCAAAAGUGGGAGGCCAGAAAUAUUCGCCGAAAGUGGAAGGUUUUCCAGCCAGAACGGAAGGGUUGGAAUCUCUGUGGUUAUGCAUAAUUUUGGGGGGUAAACUAGGUGCAUUAUGGUCCAUGUGAAAAUUGUGAAUACAAAACAUGGUUCACCCCUGUGGGCCAACCCUAAUUUUUGAACAUGACUUUUAAACAGAGGUCUAAACAAAUUUUAGAACUGUAGAGAUAGUUUUACAACUCAAUAAUUAUUGUAAAAUGCAGUUAAUGGAGUGUUAUGCCCUCAAUCACCAACAAGUAAUGCAGUGUUAUGCCAGCCCUUGUCACAACUGGUAGAAUUUUACUCUUACUAGGUAAAAGUACAGUGUAGUACGUAAGUUCACGUUCUAUUAAGUGGUACGUCCCUCGGAUAGCAGUCUGACUAUAAAAAGCCUAGUAAAAAUCCUGUCUUAUCCUGUAUUGCUAAGUUGUAGUACUUCAACCGUCCUAAAGUUUUGUCAUUCCCACCCUUUCCUCCCUUUGGACGUUUUGUUGUUGUUUUCAAUAAUCAUGGGCUCACUGCUUUCUAUCACCUUCAGUUUAAGUCUCACAGUCACUUCCCUAUUGAAGCUUUGAUUUUAAUGCAAACCAUUAUAUUUGAUUGUAUUCCAGCACAUGCCGUCGAAGUCGGCUGGUAGUGCUGAUAAGAUAAAGUUCCUAGAACAGAAUAAUAUUAUUGUGUACACCGUUCCAUUAAGUUUCACAAUGCUGGCCAGAGGUUUCAGCUUGUAGUACUGUGGAGUGUUAAAUCCUUUUUAACACCUGCGACAUAGCAACAUAAGAUAUAAGAUGCUUACAGGUGUAUGUCGCAAAUGUGAACAUCGACAUAAUGACAUUACUGACUGUGAAGAAAACAAAAUGGUGGAGGCACUACUCGUGGCAUUUGCCAUUGUGUUGUUUUUUUUCUAAUAAAAGUCUCCAAAACAAGAUAACUGUGUGUUUUAUUCAAGCCACAGAGUGAUACAGUACAUAAAUGUUUCAUUUACAUUAAGUGGAAAGUUUUAUGUCAUUUUGUCAGCAGUAAAGAACUCUUCAGGUUGAUUAUUUGAACUCGCUUCACUUUAAUGAAACGUGUGGGUCAAGUUCUUAUCACAGAACAGCAAAGGUUUCAAAAUCUAGACCAAAUAUCUAUUCUGUCUAGUAUAUAGGCAGGUCUACAAUUUGUUUGUUUGUACCUUGUGUCUUUGUUUGACCUCAUUUCCACAAUGAAACUAAGACAAACCACAAUGAAAUUCCCAUGCAUUCAACAUGUCACAAGUCACAUGAAGGGGCAAUUUUAAAUCUGAUUGCCUCACCCUUUAUUGUUUUUAGUGUGUUAUGUGAGACAAAAGCACGAGCUCAUUAAAGUGUGCUGUAGCGUGCUUUGUAAGCAUGUUAAAGUCAAUUUCUUUUGUUUGUAAGUGGAAGCAUGUUGUGAGCGUGUUAUCACCUUUGUCCCUGAAAUGAUAUGGAGGGUCACAUAUGUGACACACAGCGAUUUAAAAAAAAAAUUGAAAAAAAUUCCAUUGCUAACCUACGUGUUAUAGAGAAGAGACUGGUGGUGCUAACAACUAAUAAAGAGCAUCAAGUCUUUGAAGUCACCAUAGCCUGAACUAGUCAAUCUUGUUUUCUCUAUUAAAUCAAACAGGUUUUUUCAGUGUGAGCCAAUGCACCAAGCUCAUGGCUAUUACAUAAAAGGCCUAGAUUGGAAACUGUUUCCAAGCAAAAUGUAGCACAUGCUUGAUUCAUGCAGAGCCUUUCUAUUAUUGAUCAAGUGGAGUUUUACGGACGCUUGUAUGAUGGGGUGGGGGGGGGGGCACAAACUUGACCCCAAACAUCACUUUCAAACUUGGUGAGUUUACUAAGGAAGAUUCUAUUGAGAAUCAACCUAGAAUCAGCCUUUACCUGUAACAUAAUUAUUCCUCAACUGCUUGGUUAGAAAUAGAAAACUCAAGGUUAAGUUAUUAAAAUAGUAGCCUAAUUGAACGUGCAUACUGAGCAUGUUUUUGUUUUUGUCUUCACAAGAACACGUCAAAGAAGAAAAAACACAGAAAAGACAAGAAGCAAAAAAAGUCCAAAAAAGAGAAAAAGGUGAGAGUUAUUGUUUAUAUUGAAUAAUGUAUAUAUAUUAACAUGCCUUUAAUAUGCCUCUUUAUAUGCUUUCAAAAAGAAAACUAAGAAAAGUACAGUAAUUGUACAUUGCUUGGGCUGUGUCUUGCAUAAAGGUAAACAGUCCAACAAUCUGACCUGUGCACUUUACUAAGUACCAUGAUCUAUAUAAUUAUUUGUCUAUUGUGCAAUUAUUCUAAUGCACAUGUACAUACACCGUACUACACUGCGUAUAUGAGUCAUAAGUGUAUACUUCUGUGUAUCUUUGUCUUUAGCAGUUGUUGGGUUCAAAAUCAAUCUGCAUAAUUUUUCAUGUCAUACGAAAGCUGAAUUCAAUAAUUGUGUUAUUAUUCAUUCAAAUAUUUCCAACUUUUCCAUGCUUGCAAUGUAUAUGUACUUUGAGUUUAUUGAUGGAUACAUGUAGUUCCUGUCUUCAUGACUCGGAAAAUUCAGAAUUUAAAGGGAUGUUCUUCAAACAUGGCAGCAGUCGUCAUCUGCCGAGUAGUAUUAUUUUUUGCUGCUUUUGUUAUAAUUUCAGCUGGAACUAGCUAGUUUAGCUACUGUAUUUCUGCUUUGCAAAAUUAUGUGAAAUAAGCUCAGCUAUAUCACCUUCUGUCAUCUCUUUUUCAGUCUAAUUGACCGACAGUAAAAGUGACUUAAUUUUUUAUUGUACUGCCAAAGAUGUUCCAAAUUUGGUGAAUGCUAGGUGUUUAUGGUGAAUUAGCUGUGGGUUAGAAAUAGUUUGAAUGAAUAAUAUGGUACAUUGUAAUGUACUUUUUAGGGGGCAGUGUAAAAAUAUAGUGAGAGCAUCAGACUUGCUCUGAAUUCAUGUCCCACCUUGAACACUGGCUGGAGUUGUUUGCAGGGUUCAUACAGAGUCUUGAAUUCUUAAAAAAGUCUUGAAAUUAAUUUUGCCCAGUAAUUUUCCAAACCUGGAAAAGUCUGGAAAAUAGAGAUAAAGCCUUGAAAAAUUGUAAAAAGUCUAAAGUUCUUUUUUUGAAAGCUGCAACAAGUACACUGCGUUCUAAGUGACUAUUUUUUCCUUUUGGUCAAAUCUUAUUCACUUUUGCUCAUACGUUUGUGUAAAUCAUGAAAAAAGCUUUGUUCUUGAAUUUUUUAAGGUCUAUAUUCAUUACCAAUAGGCCUUAUCACAGUUUUCGAUGCCAACUUGAAGCGUAGGCAACAGUGUUUGCAUGAGAAUCUAGUGUCGAAUAAUAUUUCUGUAAAACAGCUGAAAGAAAUUGUAAACUAAAGCCUCACUCUUAACGAUUCUACAGAAAAACAUUUGAGGGCAUUACAUGCACCUACAAGUAAAACUUUCUAUACAUGUGUCUGUAAAAAUUUCUCUUCCUGCCAACUAACAUUUCCUGGGAAAAACUGCAGACAUUUAUGUAUUUACAUUUCGAUAUAAUAAUUAUGGAAAAUCUAAAGCAAGCAUCUGGAGAAAUUUGAGCCCAGGAAUGGCCCCCAAAAUUUGCUAGUAAGAUCCUUUGCUGUGUAGCAUUAGUUUACAAUUCAUAUUUUUUCACAACGGCCGUUUUAUGGAAAUUAUUCAACAUUUAAUUCUCGUUGUAAUUUCUCACACGGUUGCCUACUUGUCAAGAUGGCAUCAAAAACAGUGUAAAGACCUACAUGUAUUUGAUAACCUUGAAUCUGGAAAUUGUUUUAGAAAAGCCUGGAAAGAGUCUGGAAUUUUGGGUCCAAGAGUCUGUACAAACCCUGUGUUCAUAGUGGACUCCAGAGUUCAAUUCAUCAUCAUCAUCAUCAUCAUCAUCAUCAUCACCAUCAUCAUCAUCAUCAUCAUCAUCAUCACCAUCACCAUCAUCAUCAUCAUCAUCAUCAUCAUCAUCAUCACCAUCAUCAUCAUCAUCAUCAUCACCAUCACCACCACCACCAUCAUCAUCAUCAUCAUCAUCAUCAUCAUCAUCAUCAUCAUCAUCACCAUCACCAUCACCAUCACCAUCACCAUCAUCAUCAUCAUCAUCAUCAUCAUCACCACCACCACCACCACCACCACCAUCAUCAUCAUCAUCAUCAUCAUCAUCAUCAUCAUCAUCAUCACCACCACCACCACCACCAUCAUCAUCAUCAUCAUCAUCAUCAUCAUCAUCAUCAUCACCACCACCACCACCACCACCACCAUCAUCAUCAUCAUCAUCAUCAUCAUCAUCAUCAUCAUCAUCCUUGUUUACUUAUUUACUUUGGUUCAUUUUUUAUAUAAUAUACCCACAAAUAAAUGCAUGCAUGUAAAUUGGUCAAAAAAACCCUGCUUAACACAUUUAUAAAAAUUUCUUAUUCCAACCCAAAAAUCCCCCACCUUUUUCAACUAACUUUAAAACUUGCCUUUUAUUGUUCUGUUGUGAUCUGAAAAAUAAUCUAGUUUAAUAACAAAGUAUUAUCAGAAAGGAAAGACUGUCUCUUAAGAAUUAUACAUACAUGAAAUUAAGCAUUUGCACACAUAUUGAUGUGAGUAAUGAAAACGGAGGAGUGUUGAUGUUUUGGUAUCAUCUCAUGAACUUUUAGGAUAGGAAUUCUUAAAUGUUUGACUAUUUGUAGCACAAGAAGUCAAAGAAAGAUACCGCAGAAGAACAAGGCUCAUCAGAAUCUGUAAGUGUCUUAAGAAAAUGGUUUUAAUAAUGUUCUGUCACAUACAACAUGUAUAAACUAUUAUUUUUUCUAAGUUAGUACAUGGUUGCUGAUGAUCAGUAAGCUGGAUAUCACCUGUUUUAUGUAUAACUGUGAAAGGUUUGAACCCAGGAGUCAUUUGAUAAGUAGGUUGAGUAUGAUCAUCCGGGUGAUUGUAGUCCUGAAUAGGACUGUAGUCUGUUGUUUUUGACAGUGACUGGCAUUUUGACAACCUUUACGGUAGUUACCUUCAGAGUCAAAGUGAGUUGUAUCUCGUCAGUUGAUGGUAUUAAACUCUGGUUAUUGACCUGACUGGUCAAUUAACUGACAGACGACCAAUAACAUCGCAACUUAGUCAACCAAUCAGGUCAAUAACCAGAGUUUAAUACCAUCACCUGACGUGAUACAACUCACUUGACUCCGAAGAUGACUACUGCACAGGUUGUUGAAACAUUAGUGGCUGUGUUCACCCGUAUGAUCAUACUCAACCUACUUAUGUUUUUUGUAUAGUUGGCAAUGACGAGGGCCAGGGAAUUAAUCUGGUCCUAGCCGGAUACAGAUGUUCUCAAAGGCUUUUUCAUGUAUUCCCCCCAAAGCUCUAAGAAUCUUCUGAGAUGGUGUUUCUUUCACAUUAUGCUGGCAAUUUUCUUUGUAAAUAUUAAAACAGCAAUGUAAAUUAUUAAAAUUUUAAUUUUCUUUGUAAAUGUAAUCAUAAAAUUAUUGUUAUGGCUCUCCUUCAACGCCCCCGCCCCACCCUUCCCCCGCCAGCUACAUUUUAGUGAGCCAAAUGAAGCAAAUCCCGUGCUCUGCUGAUUGGUGGCUAGAAUGGGUAAUCCUGCUUUUGAUUUUGCGCUUUCUUUCUGCAGGGAAAAAAAACUUAUUUUGAUCAAUAAUACACAAAGGUAACUCCCUUUUUAACCAAUCUUGCUCAGACCGGAUGGGCGGUUGGAUAAUGGCCUUGUUCUUAUCGUGUUUGUUUGUUUGUUUGUUUGCUGCUGUGGAGCAAGGUGAAAAAACUUGGCCAACACAUCCAGCCAUCUCAGUUGACCUAUCACUUAAGUCAGAAAAACGUCCUAUUUGUUGUUGCUCGUUUUUUUGUUUGUUUGUUUGUUUUUUUUGGUUAAGAUUAUCAUUGUCAUCAUUGCUGUAGGAAUCGGAGGAUGAGUGGGUGGAAAAAGGACAAGACCCAACAGCAGCCAACACAGAGAGCAAAGAGAGCUCUUCUUCAGGUCAACCUCAGGUAUUAAGUCUAUACUCUAUAUACAUGUGGAGGGGGACAUUAGGGGUACCCAAUACCGUAAUACCGUAAGAAAAAUUGGUAUUGGUAAAUACUGAAAUAGCGUGUCGGCAAUGGACAAAAUAUCGAUACUGCAUUUAUGAUCGGUCACGCUUACUUAAAGUUGUAUCCAUCUUGCUUGUUUGUUUAUCCUAAGCGUGUAUGCGUCAGCAAUUGAAUAGUGCGAGAAAACGUGAUAAGACCUCGAGUUGAUCGGUACAACGAUAAAAAACCUGGACAUGGGAUGCUCUACUAAUUUCAUCAUAGAUUAACUGUAGUGACAGGAGAGCGCAAAUGAACCGUGCCGCAGUACCGUGAAGGAUCUUCUUAUACCGAAUACCGUUAGCCGAAAGGAUGAAAAACCGCACCCCACAGGGAUCGGUGAUACCGUAAUAGCGCACAUUAAAAUUAAAAUUACCGAAAUAACGCUUGAAAAAAGCCCAAUACCGCAAUACCGUAAACCUCCUUGUCUCCCUCCAUGUAUUUCACCUUACGCUAUCUUUAGUAACAUACAGGGUGUAACAUUAUGGCAGGUUGCAUCUCAUUAAAGGCCAAAAGACAUUUUUUUUCCUCCCAUUUUUAUGGGGAGUUUACCUCUUAUCUUGGGGUAACCUUAUUCUAAUAGACCUUUUUACCGAUACGGCGGCCAUACUGAAUUAAUUCGAUUUAAGGAGAAUUAUAGGAUGCCCAGGCGGCAUGAGCACAUUUCGUUUGUAUUUUCGAGCACCUUCUGGGACAUUUUUCUUAAAGUUUUCUUAGAAUAAGAUUGUAAUGGGAAAAGAGAUCCUUGUGCCGUGUUUGGAUGUAAUAAUGAUCGCCAUUUUCUAAUUUAGUAUUAGAAAUAAGAUCUUUCAGUGCAUAUUUCUCGGCAAAAAAGGCGACCAUUAUUACAUCCAAACACGGCACAAGGAUCGUGUUUCCCAUCAAAAUCUUAUUCUAAGAAAACUUAAAGGAAAAAUGUCCCGAAAAGCGCUGGAAAAUACAAACGAAAUGUGCUCAUGCCCCCUGGGCAUCCUAUAAUACUCCUUAAAUCGAAUUAAUUCAAUAUGGCCGCCGUAUCGGUAAAAAGGUCUAUUGUCCACAUGUAAAAACAACUACUGAUUCAAGAUCACUUUCAAAAUUACCUUAGAGUGAAUUGCUUUAGAAUGAACAUUGAAAAUCUCUUGUUCUUGACAGCAGCGUGACAGUUGGAUGCUGUUUCCUCCAAUCAUAUCAAGCCCAGAUCAAGCAAUGGAAGUUGAGGACGAAGAACCAGAAAAAGAGGAGAGUCAAGAGGAGGACAGCAAGUUCAAAGCUCUCUCUUGCAUAGAUCAAGUGAGCAGUUUGGCUUAAGUGUUUCUCAGUGGGUUGAAUUUUACAUGCAUUGUGUUUUUGCCAGUUCACUUGCUACACUGUGUAUCUAAUACCAACAAUGAGUAUCCCCGAUAGGGUUCUUCAAUUCUGUCUUCCCACUCAAAACAUUUCUCGCAAUCCCGUAACUUAUCCCGAUGGUUAUUUUCUGUACUCCGUACCCCGUGUAUACUUUCAGUUCCAAAAAAAUUCUCGCAAUCCCGUAACUUAUCCCGAUGGUUAUUUUCCGUACUCCGUAUCCCGUGUAUACUUUCAAUUCCAAAUCUCCCCCUCAUCUUGUUUUAAAUUCCGAGUCCCAGCCUAUAAAUGAGGCAAAUCCUGCAUCCAGGGAAACCUGUUGGCGACCAACCAUGACUGUUAUUUCUGCACUUGCUUGUGUCUCAUUUAGCAACCCUUUGCAAUGAAAAAGGCAAUCAGAAUUUUUUUGUUGGUUUGUUUAAUCAUUCCUUCUGAUUUUAGUAGAAAUAUUCUUCGUACGCAUAACCACCCUAUGCCUUGUUGUAACGUUUUUAACCCGUAAACUACACUGGGUACCAGAGGUUUUUUCUCGUGUUUGGUGAUGGAGAGCGGCGGAUGUGUCUUGACCGAAACCAUAAACGGCGCAUGAAAAGUGCCUGGCACCCAGGGUGCCCUUAAACACAAAAACGCACGAACUGUUUCUUAAACACGUGGCACCACUGACUGGUUUCUUUAGCUGAAGAGGGGUUGCUACAAGAGUCAGUAGGGAUCUUAAGCGGCGGCCGUGAAGAGCGCGGUCGCGCCCGAGAGGGCAUGGGUCGUGACCGCCUCCUUUGCGCGGGAAAAACAAACCAUAAGAUUUGGUUGGCCAAAUUUACUUCCGGCUGCCGUUCUCCGAGGCCACGUCCAGGGUAUCUUAAGGUCUCUAUAUGCCAUGCAUCGAUCCAGAGCUUGAAAAUUGUCCCGUCUGGUUGUCUGGGAAAAGGGAAUAUUUUCCUUCCAGGCAGGUAACUUAACACACUUGCUUGGAGGGACUGAUAGACAAGGUUUCGGGCAAAUUGUCUUCUCACUAAACAGUAAACUGAGGCAAGCACGUAACUGCACCCGGCAUUAGCAAAUUUUGAAAGCUACUUGCCUGAACUUCAAGCUGCAGUUCAAGAUAUUUUCUCAAGCGCUGUGUCCAUUCAGGGUGCAAAGAAAGUCAUUUUUUACAGCUUGCCAUUCGGGCAAGUUGCGGCUAGCAGUUACUAGCCCAAAACUGAUUUCAACUAGCCCCAAAAAUUUUUUGAUAAGCAGGAUUGAUUACAUAGUUCUUCUGUAAUUUGAAUUCCUCAAAAAAACUUCACUUGCCCAUCUGGCAAGUAAAGAAGAGAAUUCACUAGCCCGAUAGCAAUGCCACUAGUCCCGGGCUAUCGAAUACUACUUUCUUUGCACGUUGCCAUUGCACUCAGUAUUGCACUCUAAAUAAUUGUGUUUCUCGAUACAGUUUGCAGUAACUUCCGUUUCUUAACUUUGUAUUUUCUUCCACAGCCAGGACAGCAUCCAAAAGAGUUAAACCCAUAUUGGAAAGAUGGAGGAACAGGCCUACCAUCUGAGAGAGAGAAUGCACAGGAAACCAGACAAGUACAAGGUAACUAUACCAAAACCAACUUCGUUUUAAUCAAUAAUUCCACAAUUUCAAGUUUUUAAAUUUCUUGGAGAAAACUCCUGAUAAGCUAGGUAAAACGGACAACAAAAACAUGCAACUUGUUUUGCAAAGUUGCUGCAAAACGAUUUUAAAAGCAAUGUUGCGAUAGGUUGCAACAACCUAAUUUAUUGCAAGACAGGUUUGAAUGUGGGUGGUAAAACACGCGACAUCUCUUUUCUACUCCUUUUGCACCAAUGUUGCAAAACACGUUUUACGUUUUUUGUUGCCGGUUUGACCGUACCUGCAAGGAGUCAAAAUGUCAUGUUCUUGAAAAACACUGUUUUUAACUUGAGCAUAGCCUGUGUGCAGGCGCGUCCUUCCCUUAAACAAAAAAUAUUUACUUUAUUUAAGUGUCAAUGUAUUUAGGACGAAAGUACUAACUGAUGACACCAGUUUUACGUCUCCUUUUGGAGACGGUACCGCAUUUUUACGUGAUCAUCCGAGCCACGCUAAGGUCUAGCUUUUUGCAGGGCAAUGAAAGAACUUUCAUUUCUCAGUUAUAUAAAGACCCUGAGUAAUGGUCCGGCCCUGGGAAUCGAGCCACGACCUCCGCUCUGCAGUCUAGAGCUCCACCAACUGAGCUAAACCCACAGCGGUAAAAAAUCGUGAAGAGUCCUUCUCCCAAACGUUUUAUAAGUGAGGGGGCAGCCAUACACAGGCUUACUUGAGUGUUGUUCUUUCGUUUUUGUUUCUGUUCGCUGUAGUAAGUUCCAGCGGUUCACUUAGCAGUGAUUGGUUAAAGAAAGCUUAUAAGAGAGCUCAGGAACAAGCUAAAGAGGAGGGAAGAAGCUUUGCUGACAUUGUUGCCCAGAGAUAUGGUGUAAGUAAAUGUAGAUAAACACGGCAUAUGAUAAAACAUGGAUUAAUAAGGCAAGAAACUUUCUUUACCUGGCCAAAAAUCCAUCAAGAACGAUACUACGCGUAAGUCAACAGUGUCUUGAAUGCUAGGCUAGCUAUUCUUGAAUUUCUAAACGAGAAAUACGUGUCUCGCACAACCUCGUCGGCUUCUUGCAUACUAUCGCUUGUCUCUGUCGCGCGCUCCGUUCUACUUCCACGCGCCUACAACGCAGACCUUAUUCCAAUAGACCUUGUUCCCGAUACCGGCU